AUGAUUGGGAACACUAUGAAUUUUAAGCAGACUGCUUGGAAAUUUGGAGUCAUCAAAUAUCAGAGCGUACAUUUUCUCUGUGUGGUUAAAACACCUUAUAAACGCUCCGAACGCGAUAGCAUUACGAACUACCGCGGACACAAAUUUGAGCAGUACAUGACCUCCGGGAUCAAUGAAACGGUUUGUGAAAGCGCUUCAGAUUAG